AUGGCGACCGAAACACAAUCACAACCUCAGAUAACCAUCAUUCAGCGCAUCGGCUCUAUCCCGCUCGUCAGCGAUGGCUUGUCGACGCUGCACAACACGUUGUCCACGAACGCGUAUACGGCCUCACCGUACGCGCAUGCCCAGGAUUUCACCGAGGCUGGUGAGCUGCAGGCAAUUUCAAAGACUGCUCUUGGAUACACUGCGCCCAUCCAGAGCAAGCUUGCACCUAUACUUGUCAAGGCGGACGGUUACGCCAAUCAGGUGGUAGACGCUGUGGAGUCAAGGUACCCGUACCCCUUCAAGGCGCACGCGGACGAUAUUGUGAAGGACUUGAAAGGCAGGAGCGAUGCAGCCAAGGGUGUUGCAACCAAGACCAUUGAUGAUAAAGUCACCGCUAUUGACUCUCGCUUCGCCCCUCUGGUUGACUACAUGGAAGUCUACGUUAACCAACUUGCUCCUUCUCCGUCUCGGUCGCCCACCACCACCACCUCCACCUCCGGCCCUUCCUCCCCUGUAGAAGGAAAGAAGUACCAGUACCAACGAGCGAUCGAUCUCUCGAAGAAUCUCAGGGACAGCCUUUAUGUCUACUCGAAUGAGCAUAUCAAGCAACUGCAGAGCCAGAGUGUGCUGGUACAACGUGCGACGGCUACUGCCGAUAGCAUCACGAAGGCGGCCUCAGCGCAAUAUGCUUCUGCUCAUGGCAGAGUUACGGCUCUUUCCGACACCAUGCUGUCUGAACUUCAGUCCAUCAAGGCGCAGACGGCGGAGCUUCCUACGCAAUUGCAAUCAACGCUCCACUCUCUCACCACCGAGCUCGGCACUACCAUUCAUCAACUUUCUGCCAUCAUCUCUGCGAAGGACCUUCCGCCCAAGGAGAAGUUCCAACAAGUCACGACGACGGUUCAGACUCGCGUUCAACCCCUCCUCGACGCCACGACCGCGCGGAUAUCUGCCAUCCUUGACCAGAUUGCUCACCGCAAGGAACAGGGAGAGAAGAAGGCCACAGACGCCGUCGAAAUCGUGAAGGAGACCGUUGACACGACCAACGUCGCCGAGAAGACGGGCGUGUCCUAUGCGGAGGUUGUCAAGACCAGCGAUGUCGACGAGAGCAACGGAGCAAGCAACAGUUCCUCCUGA